UCCAUUUGAAUUAUUGAAGAAAUGGGCCCAAAAUAAAGGGGUAGCCCAAUUUUAAAUCACUUUCCAGUGUCUACCCUAAUUUCCUCAUCGCGUUUACUUUUCGCCACCGCACCUCAGACCAACCAGAUCAUUUCUUCCAUCUCCGAUCAGCUCAACGCUUUCCCGACUCCGUUUUCCGGUAACGAUUCAACAUACAGUGUAAUUGUCCCAAACUUCCAGUUUUUCUGGUCUGAAAGUCGUCGGAGGCCGGGGUUUCGGGAUUCCCCAUCGCAAAUUAGGGGAAUCAGAUUACGCAAACCGAGACAAAAUUCAGUUUCCAAAUUCUCGUAUCAGAUCGAUCCAUUCACCUUUUUCGUGAUCUUCCUCUCGCGAUCGCAAGUGUGAAGUUGGUGAUUGGUUUCAAGGAGAAGACUCUACACACUGUUCUUGUCGCGGGGAUGAAUUGUUGCCUGAUCUGUUGAAAUUCCUGCAAUGUCCGGUUUACUUAAUUCUUCUCUGAACGGAUCUGCUUCAAAUCUUCCAGACGGUGCUGGGCGUUCUUUUACUACAUCAUUCUCUAGUCAGUCUGGUGCAGCCUCGCCAAUUUAUCAGCACACUGGAGGUAUUCAGGGGUUGCACAACAUGCACGGGAGCUUUAACAUUCCUAACAUGCCUAGUACACUUACAUCAAGAAACUCAUCAUUAAACAGCAUGCCAUCUGGAGCAGUUCAGCAACCUACAUCAAGUCUUUCUAGUGGAAGAUUUUCAUCAAAUAAUCUACCUGCUGCUCUGUCACAGCUAUCUCAUGGAAGCUCUCACGGACAUUCAGGAGUCAACAGUAGAGGAGGUAUAAGUGUUGUAGGAAAUCCUGGAUUUAAUAGUAACACAAAUGGAGUUGCUGGUUCUAUUCCUGGGAUUCUUCCAACUUCUGCUGCAAUUGGUAACCGUAAUGCUGUUCCAGGAUUGGGAGUAUCCCCAAUUUUGGGAAAUGCAGGUCCGAGGAUAACAAGUUCGAUGGGGAACAUGGUUGCUGGGGGAAACAUUGGGAGGAUAAGCUCUGGAGGAUUGUCCAUUCCUGGUCUUGCUUCACGUCUAAAUUUAAAUGGAAGCAGCGGAUCUGGCGGCUUAGGCGUGCAAGGACAAAAUCGAUUGAUGAGUGGCGUGCUUCCUCAAGGAUCUCCUCAGGUAAUUUCAAUGCUAGGAAAUUCUUAUCCAAGUGCUGGAGGUCCACUUUCACAAAGCCAUAUUCAAGCAGUACAUCACUUGAACUCUAUGGGAAUGUUGAAUGACUUGAAUUCCAGUGACAGUUCACCCUUUGACCUCAAUGACUUCCCUCAACUAUCAAGUCGUCCUAGUUCUGCUGGAGGGCCUCAAGGACAGUUGGGCUCUUUACGAAAACAGGGUCUUAGUCCUAUUGUACAACAAAACCAAGAGUUUAGCAUUCAAAAUGAAGACUUCCCAGCUUUACCAGGAUACAAAGGUGGUAAUGGAGAGUUUACUAUGGAUAUGCAUCAGAAAGAACAACUUCAUGACAAUGCUAUGUCAAUGAUGCAGUCACAGCAUUUCUCCAUGGGGAGGUCUGCCGGUUUCAGCUUGGGAGGAUCUUAUUCAUCACAUCGUACUCAACAGCAACAGCAGCAUACUCCUUCUGCCAGUAACAGUGGUGUCUCUUUUUCAUCUGUGAACAAUCAAGAUCUUCAUCUGCAUGGGUCGGACGUUUUUCCGUCUCCAAACUCUACGUAUCAUUCACAGACCAGCGGACCUCCUGGCAUUGGAUUAAGGCCACUAAAUUCUCCAAAUAAUGUUUCUGGUACGGGUUCAUAUGACCAGCUCAUCCAGCAGUAUCAACAGCACCAGAAUCAGUCCCAAUUUCGCCUUCAGCAAAUGUCAGCUGUAAAUCAGACCUUUAGGGAUCAUGGCAUGAAGUCUAUGCAAACUGCACAACCAGCUCCUGAUCCAUUUGGUUUGCUUGGCUUGUUAAGUGUAAUCAGGAUGAGUGAUCCUGAUCUGACAUCUCUUGCUCUUGGAAUUGAUCUUACAACACUCGGAUUAAAUUUGAAUUCAUCAGAAAAUCUUCACAAGACUUUUGGGUCUCCUUGGUCAGAGGAACCAGCUAAGGGUGAUCCAGAGUUUAGUGUGCUUCAAUGUUAUUAUGCUAAACCACCUCCUGCCCUACACCAAGGGUAUUUUGCAAAGUUUACUUUGGAUACAUUGUUUUACAUAUUUUACAGCAUGCCUAAAGACGAAGCACAACUAUAUGCAGCGAAUGAACUGUACAAACGAGGCUGGUUUUAUCAUAAAGAGCAUCGCAUGUGGUAUAUAAGAGUGCCUAACAUGGAGCCGCUUGUCAAAACAAACACAUAUGAGAGAGGAUCUUACCACUGUUUUGAUCCAAGCACUUUUGAAACUGUCCGGAGGGAUAAUUUUGUUCUUCAUUAUGAAAUGGUGGAAAAGAGACCGUCUUUACCGCAACAUUAAGGAGCACAUAGCAAACCUUCAGUUUUUGCAGAACAUGAAAACUGCAGAACAAUGAUCUUUAGCAGUAAUGAAAUUGAACAGGUGCUUCUGUCAAUGCCUGAAUCUUGUGAUAAAAGCUCGGGGAAUCUUUGUGUUUUGUUUUGUUGAUCUUUUAGAUUCUGACAGCAGCUGAAGGAACUCCAAUCAAUGGCCAUGGUCUGUAAAUUUUAUAAAAGAUAGGGCCUGUAUGACUUAUCAAAGGAGGGAUGAGUACAACAUGCAAAAUAAUUAACCGACCCGAAGAAACACAAGGGGUCAUUGUGAGCGAGGGAUACACCAUCUUGCAAUCUCAAGACUUUUAGACGUUGGAAUAGUCCGCGCAACCCAAGGGCGUUUUCGAGUCCAUCUUAGUGAAACGUGGUAUGUGGAUGAUAUGUGUUGACUAUUGGGCUUUGAACAAGGCGACUAUUUCAGUUAAGUUUUCCAUUCCCUUCAUGGAAGAUUUGUUGGAUGAGCUCCAGAGAGUGUUUUUUUCUCAAAAAAUAUCCUCAAAUCCGGGGUAUCAGAAGAAGUACACAACUGUAUUUCAGACCCAUGAAAGACAUUACGAAUGAUGUUUUUAAGCAUCUUUUGCGUAAGCUUGUGAUUGUUUUUUAAUGAUAUACUAGUGUAUAAUACUACUAAGAGGGACAUAUGCUACACCCGAGUAAAGUCCUGCAAAUUCUCUUGAAUAAAAAAUUGGUUGCAAGCCAAAA